AUGAGUCAAUUACUUCGAACAGUACUACAAAUAAAUAUCUAUGUUCAACCUGUAUAUUUAUCUCUUUCAAUUAUUACCAAUUCACUUAAUAUUUGUAUAUUAUCUUCUCGUACUCUUCGUUCAUCACCAUGUACACACUACUUUAUCGCCAAUGCGAUAUUCAAUAUCAUAUAUACUUCUUUGUCAUGCCCAAUAAAUUUUGCACGUGGCUUUUCCAUUGACUGGACAAUCAAUCCGAUUGGAUGUAAAAUGCAAAUGUACUUUACAUUCUUAUCAGCGUUUUUAGCAAAUGUCAUGCUUGUCACAGCUUCGUUUGAUCGUUAUUGUUCAAGUUCACAAUUACAACGACUUUCCUCACAAAGUAAAAUACGGACAGCAAGAAUAAUUAUUAUCAUUAGUACAAUAUCAAUCAGUAUCUAUAUGAUACCAAUGUUGCUGAUGUACUAUUUCAAAGAAUCAACCGGAACAUGUUUACAAAUCACGAAUGUACUCAUUAAUAUAUAUGUAUUCAGUCAAGUAGCUUUCUAUUAUAUUGCAAUACCCGUAUCGAUGAUUGUGUUCGGAAUAUUGACUAUUUCUAAUACGAAAAAGCAAAUCGCUCGAGUAGGAGCUAAUGUAACAAGUGGACGUGGUCGUCGAACUGAAAAUCAAUUAACUCGAAUGUUACUGUUGCAAGUGACUGUUCAUCUUGUUCUCACGAUUCCAUUCGGUGUUAUGUACAGUAUGAAUGCAUUUAAUCCAUCCACCAAAACAACUUAUAUGCAAGCCAUACGAAAUCUACUACUCAUGUGCAAAGGAUGUGAUUAUUUUUCUUCAUUCUUUCUUUAUAUUCUUUCUGGAAGUGCGUAUCGCAAAGAAUUUAUGCGUAUAUUGCCGUUUAUCAAGCCUCGAAAUCAAACCACAUUCGAAUUGACAAACCUACGAAUCGGAACAACACAACACAAUCCUAUCAUGACGAAUAUUUCACACUAG